GGGUUUUCAGGGGGAAUAAUAAUCUAUGUUAAACGCGCGUUUUUAACCCUUUUCUUCAUGUAGAGUUCUAGGAAAAUAAAAAAUAAAAAAAAACGUUUUAAAACGCACGUUUCGAAGUUUGCCGGCCGGAGGAGCAAAGUCGACGAACACAAUUUUGCUUUAACCGAAGAAAAUUGUUCACUGAAAGUUUUGUUCGCCGAUCAAUUUUAUGUCAGGAUUCCGACGUCAACUAGUCUUCCUCCCCCUGCUUCUCCUCUCUGUCUCCUUGUCGCCAGUUAGGUGUUUAGGUAGUGAAGAGAGAACAUUGGCUAUGAUUAAGCCAGAUGGAGUCUCUGGUAACUACAGCGAUGAUAUCAAAAGGAUUAUACUGGAGGCUAAUUUUAAUAUCGUCACGGAGACGCUUGCUCAGCUGGACAAAGAGACUGCUUCUGCGUUUUACCACGAGCACUCAUCAAGGAGCUUUUUUCCUCAUCUUGUUACAUACAUGACAAGUGGUCCGGUGUUGGUGAUGGUAUUGGAGAAGCCAAACGCUGUUUCUGAUUGGCGUGGUUUAAUCGGGCCAACAGAUGCCCAAAAGGCUAAGAUAUCUCACCCUCACAGCAUCAGAGCAUUAUGUGGUAAGGACUCGCAAAGUAAUUGUGUGCAUGGCUCGGAUUCAACAUCGUCAGCUGAACGAGAGAUCAAGUUUUUCUUCAAGGAUGUUGUUCCAGGUGACAUUGCUUCACAACAUGACGAGCUAUAAGACACACCAAUACAGGUUCUUUAACCCCAUUUUGUGUUGUAAUCUUGUAACUGUUGGUUUACUAGUCUAUGAUUUGCAUCCAAGUUUUUGAAUUUUGCUUCUAGAAAAUGAUUAAGACUAGUGAAAAAGGAAUCACUAUCCACCAUAAUUCAUAAUUGUAUCAAAACAUUUUGGGAAAGAGGGCAAUCAUAUCACCUAAUUUUCAUUCAA